CAGGAGAGGGAGGGAAACGUCAGUCAGUAGUCCCGAGAACUCACGAGAGUUUGUGUGUGUGUACAGUGAAUGUGUGUGUAUAUGCUGGCAGUGAAGAACACUUCCUUCAUUUUUAGAUUUUCUUCUUUUUUUUUUCGAAUCGACGUUGUUUUCCCUCUUGUUUGUUAUUUUCUCUCUUUUAACUGGAUCGACCAGGCCGAUGACGUUUUAAUGGAGGUCUCGUCUGCAAGGCUGGGUGCAAGUGUGUGGCCUUAAAGAACGCACAUGGGCCACAUCAUCACCAACAGGUUGGGAUUGCACAAAGUUUCGGAAGAAAAACGCGAAAACUUGCAAGCAGCGGGCGUUGCCUAGUGCCUUAGCCAUUGUGUCUGCAGCCAUUCCAGCCAAAAACACUUGCCUCUCUGCCGGACUCGAUGUGGCUGUCCUUCUCUCAUGGCCAAAACACUUUUGACAGGAUACCCCAGCUAUGACAGCCCAUCUUCUCUCUCAGUUGAGGCUGAGAUCCUCGUGACGCGCAUGACUGGACUUGGCGUCGUCGGCGGCCUCCCCUUUUGGCCGGCGCGAGGCUGAUCCGCCAAAGAAUCUCUUUAGUGUUGGACGAGCCUCUGGGCCGGACGCAGCCGUUUGACUCCUCGUUCAAAGACGACGACCCCCCAAAGUGUCUCUCAUCUUCUUCUUUCUUGUUUCUUUCUUGUUUCUUGUUUCUUUUUAUUUCGACUCGGAUGUGCAAUCCGGUCGAUGGACGCAGGCCGAUGGCAGGAAUUUCUCUUUGGACGCGCCCGGGUGGCGGGCGGUAUAAAUAAGAUGUGGAAUCCGCCUACUCGUGCUCUUUGCAUCAGCCGGACGGGACGACGCAACUCGCUCACCUCUGUGCCGUGCAGCAGCAGCAACAACAAGGGCAAAGUGCCGCGGCUGCUGUUGUACGUGUUGUUGUUGUGUUGUUGUCGGUGAGUGUCGUCGGGUGGGCCCAACAACUUACGCACGGCUUGUGUGUAGUGUGUUGUGUAGUGUGUGUGUGUACUAUUAUCCAACUGCGCUCUCGUCCCCUGGACUCUCGACAGAGACAGAAAAGAUAAAGCGGGGGCUAAAAAUAAUCCGCAUUGCCGGAAUAGUAUCGACCUCUUGUUCUCCUUGUGUCUGCCACGACGACAACGACGGCGACGUGGAAUUAUCAAAAAGACAAUUGGAUGCUCCUCUCUCUCCCUCCCUCUCUCUCUUCCUUCUUAUUUCAUCCGCAAAAGUCGACCCACAUUCGCCCCCCCCCCCCUCCCAACUGACGUCUAAAUUCGCCAGUGGGCGCCUGAUGGUCAACAACAACAUCCCGUCUACUUCAAUUUCUCUUGAUUGUUCAGAAAACGUUUUAGAUAGUUGCAUUUCGUUGGAAACGGGUCGGACUCCGGCUGGCGGAUCGUCUUUCUGUCGGUUCAAGCCGAACUGAAAGAGCUGGAUUUAUGCGGCUGGAUUCUGUGGACGCGUGAUGAAGUUACGUCACCAGCGUCGACAUCAUCAUCUUCAUCAUGGAACCAGAAUCGCGAUACAUUGUACAGGUGUUUGUGGGCGCCCUGUCGCCCGAAUUCGAGGCCUUAUCGAUCGAAGCCCUCAAGGGCACGACGGCCGACGAGAUGGUCUGCUGCAUCGUCGACAAGCUGCAGCUUCCCCUGCCCAUCGAAUCUUAUGAGCUGGCCGAAGUGGUGGGCAAUGCCGUCGGACAGGAGUGCAAGGAGAGGCGACUGGCCUCUCACGAACUGCCGGUCGCCCUUAUGCUCCUCUGGCCAAAAGUCUCGUCGCCAGCCCAGGAGACCGCCUCCGCCCUGGCCGCAUUGGCCGCCCACCGCAAGCUUCUCCAGCGAUCCAUUUCCAGGACGCUGGAAAGUCGUCCGAUCGAAGAGGAAGGAGCCGAUUCCGGGGCCGUGGCGCCGGAUGACUCGCAGCAGUCCGAGUAUCGGUUUUACCUGCGCGAGAAGCUCAACGACACGGUGUGGUCGGAGGCGCUGAACGCGGACCCGCAAGUGAUCCGGGACUACUUUUACCGGUUCCUGUAUCAGCCGCGGGAUCGCGAAUACCCCGACCUGUGCCAGUUGCCCGACUUGAACGAAGAGACUCUGAUGGACAACCUGCGGGCCCGCUUCCAGGCCGGCCACAUCUACACCUACGUCGGCUCGAUCCUCAUCGCCGUCAACCCUUUCAAGUUCUACCCGAUUUACAACCCCAAGUACGUCAAACUCUACCAGAACCGGCGGCUGGGCGAGUUGCCUCCGCACAUUUUCGCCGUCGCCGACGCCGCCUACAACGCCAUGAUGCGCGAUCGGAAACCCCAGUGCAUCGUCAUCAGCGGUGAAUCCGGUUCGGGCAAGACGGAGUCGACCAACUUCCUGCUGCACCACUUGACGGCCUUAUCGCAAAAGGGAAGCCAAGGCUGCGGCGUAGAGCAGACCAUACUCAGCGCCGGGCCCGUCCUUGAAGCUUUUGGCAACGCCAAGACGUCGCACAACAACAACUCUAGCCGCUUCGGCAAGUUCAUCCAAGUCAACUAUCGCGAGAAUGGACAAGUUCACGGGGCCCUCGUGCAAAAGUAUCUGCUCGAGAAGACGAGGAUCUGCUUCCAGGCGAAGAAUGAGAGAAACUAUCACGUCUUUUAUCACUUGCUCGUCGGCUCCUCGCCCCAGGAGAAACAGGCCCUUCAUCUGCUACCCCCGGAAGCGUAUCGAUACUUGAAUCAGAGCGACUACCACAAUCUGGACGAAGGUGACGAGUGCUACGAGCUGUCCAGGCUCAAACAAUCGAUGGAGUUUGUUGGCUUCUGCAGCGAGACCCAGCGGCGCAUCUUUUCCGUCCUGUCGGCCGUCCUGCACAUCGGCAAUCUCGAGUUCCAGCCGAAGAAAUCGACGUACAAUCACGACGAGUCGGUGACGGUCAAGAACACGGCCGUCGUGGCCACCAUCGCCCAGCUGCUGAGAGUCAAGGAGGAGAUUCUGCACCAGGCGCUCAUCUCCAAACGUGCCAGAGCAUCCGGAGAGACGCUCGUCAUCAACUACCGUAUGCCAGAGGCGAUUGCGGCGCGGGACGCUAUGGCCAAGUGCCUUUACGGCUCACUGUUUGACUGGAUCGUCAUGCAACUGAACCAUGCCCUGCUGGCCAAGAAAGACGUCGACAAAAUGCAGCGGGCCUACUCGAUUGGGGUCCUCGACAUCUUCGGCUUUGAAGAUUUCGGCCACAUGAACAGUUUCGAGCAGUUCUGCAUUAACUACGCCAACGAGCACCUGCAGUACUACUUCAACCAGCACGUUUUCAAGUACGAGCAGGAGGAGUACAAGCGCGAAGGCAUCCACUGGGUCAACAUCCAGUUUGUCGACAACACGGGCUGUCUCCAGCUCUACGAGUCCAAGCCCAACGGACUCCUCUGCAUCCUGGACGAUCAGUGCAAUUUCCCCGGCGCCACCAACGAGACGCUGUUGCAAAAGUUCAACUCAGUCAACAAGGAUAACGACUACUACGAAGUGCCACAGAAGCGGGAGGCCGCCUUCAUCGUCCGGCACUACGCUGGCAAGGUCAAGUACCAGUCGAACGAAUUCCGCGAGAAGAACCUCGACCUGAUGAAGGCUGACAUCGUCGCCGUCCUCAAGUCCAGCCAGUACGCCUUCGUCCGCGAAUUGGUCGGCGGCGAUCCCGUCGCCGUCUUCCGCUGGGCCAUUUUGCGCGCCUUUAUCCGCGCCUACUUUGCCUUUAUCGAGUCCGGCAAGCGACAUCGCGAUUUGACUUUGUCGGGCCAGGACAGCCUGACGGGCAAAGGGAAAGGUGGUGACAGCGCCCGGAAAAACCGGAUGUCCAAAGCGAGAAGCCGGCCGUCGAAGAAUUGGCGCAAUUUGGAAACGGUUCGAACGCUGGCCGGGCGGUUAGGUCACAGCAGCUCGUCGCUGAAUUCAUCCGCAGCCCCUUCCAACGUUUCCUCUUCGCAUGAAAAGUUGACGGUGUCGGCGUCCGGCACAACCACAGUCACAAUCACGUCGACCGGCAGCCACCAGUCGAUCCGCAGCGAGAGCCUCCUCGUUGUCCACAAGAACGUGAAAAAAGCCCAGACGGUCGGCGCCCAGUUCCAGCACUCGCUUCAGAGCCUCAUGGUGGCGUUGAACACGGCCAACCCGUUCUUUGUCCGCUGCAUCAAAAGCAACCGACUCAAGGGCCCCAACCAAUUUGACGAAGAGAUCGUCCUCCGCCAACUCCGCUAUACCGGCAUGCUGGAAACGGUUCGCAUCCGCCAAGCUGGUUUCAAUGUCCGAUUGACGUUUGAGGAAUUCAUUCACCACUAUCGAAUCCUUCUCCCACGUGGGUUGUUGAGUUCUCAAUCAGACGUGCACGAUUUCUUGUGUCGAAUGAAUCUCAAUGCGGAGCACUACCAAAUCGGCCACCAGAAGAUCUUUUUGCGCGAGUCGGAGAAAGCCAAACUCGACUACCGGCUGCACCAGGCCAUUUUGGCCAGCAUCGUCACCAUCCAGCGCUGGUUUCGCACAUGCCUGGAGCGGCGCAAUUUCCUCUCGCUUCGCAGGGCCGUCGUCCGGAUCCAGUCCUAUGUUCGAAUGAUCAACGCCCAGCGCCAAGUGAUGAACCUUCGCGUCCGUCACAUGGCGGCCACCUUCAUCCAGAAAGUUUGGCGCGGAUAUCAGGUCCGCCAUUGGUACACGAACCUACGCUGCUCGGUGGUGAGUUUCCAGUGCCGGGCGAGAGGGAAUCUGGCCCGGAGGCGGUUCGAGCAGAUGAAACAGCAAGGAGACGCCCACUCGGGCAAGAGCACCGAUGAGGCCUUCCUGUCGAAAGGAUCGUCGCAGGAAGAGCUGGACAAGGAAACCAAGGAUCUGAUCGAACAACUCAGUUCGGAAGAGAGUAGCGGAAUCCAGGAAGACAGCGAAUCGGAACUGAUGUAUGCGGAACUGGCUUCCGGAAUUCUGUCGUGCGCCUUGAAUUUCCCGCUGCAGUCGACGGACGACAAACGGGAUGAUCUCAAAUCGAAGAGGAGCAAGCCGUCGAUUGUGAUGGCCGCCGCCAGCAGCGCGGUGGGAGCGGCCGGACCUGUGGCCCAUUCGCCGCGGAUCGGCUCCAUCGAGGAGCUGAUCCGCGGGGCCGGCGAUUCCAGCCGGACGGAGAAGAGCGGGGCCCUGCACAAAGCCAAAAAACAUUUGAAGACGCUGAUGGGCGGCGGAUCGAAGCGGGACAAGGGCGACGCCCUCCGCCAAAUGGCCGUCCAGGGCAGCGAGGAUCGCGACAGCGACUCUGAGAGCACCUUGGUCUCGGCUUCCCGCUCGACGUCGACGCUCAACUCGGCCUCGGACUUGGAGUACGACAUGAGGUACGCCAGGGAGCGGGAGGCCAGGCGGGAAGAACGAAGGAGGAUCAUCGCCGAAAGGCUGGCCAUCCGCAGCCGGGCCAACAGCAUUUCCGACGAGUCGCACUCGCCCACUUGUCCCAAUCCGGUGCUCUGUCGGCGCUACAGCCGCGAUAUCGAAGCGGCCUCCUCGUCCAUCUACGGCUACGGCCACUCGCACGGCCACGUUCACCACAGUCACUGCUGGACCUACAGUCACGCUGUCACCAGCCAUUUGCCCAUAGCGAGGAGAGGCAGCAAAGAUGGCGGGCGCAGCGUCAGCGUGGACGGAUCGUGGCGAGGCAGCCGUGACAGCCUGCGCGAGAGAGCGGCCGGGGGAGCAGCUGGCGGGAUGACGGCCUCGCCGCUGGCCCGGCGUCAAGACAGGGACAGCAGCCAAGCGUCGGUGGCCGUGUCGGUGACGUCGUCCACCUCGUCGUCGACGGCCACGGUCCGUUCCAGUUUGAGUCAAGUCCACAAGCUGACGCGGAUGAGCAAGCUGGCCAAGAACGAGGCCUGCUCGCUCUGCUCAAAGACGAUGAGCUCCUUCUUCACCCACGGCUACAAAUGCACGUCCUGUCACUUGGUGUUCCAUGCCAAAUGCGUCCAGCAAGGCAUCACGUCCACUCAGGCUCUACCACCCACAGUCCUGGAAUGUGCGCGCCCUUCGGCCAGUCCGACCCAUCUGGAACCGGAUCCUGUCCAUAAAAUCCGUAAGGGUAGCCGUGAAACGGUCGACAGUUCGCCGGGCGUGAUUCCGCUGGGCGGCAACAACGAGAGUUCCAAGUGGAACCUGACGGGCACCAGCGAAUUUACCGAUUCGACUCAAGAAGUGGUCAACGGCGGCCAACAGCUGCACAGGCUGGACGAGUUUAUCGGCCACAAAAUCCAGAACCUGGUCGAUGACACUCGUGGUGACGCCGACCGAGUUUUCCUCUCGGCUUUACGUGAACUCAGAGGAUCUCUCAUAUCGGCUUACGGAGUAGCCUCUUGUCACGGUGGGGCAGAAGAGAAUCCAGCCAUUCGAUUGACGUACCGCGACCUGAUCGCCAAUUUCGGCAAGAUCGUCGAGUCCGUCUCGCGCGACGACACUAAAUUCCCAAAGACGCUGGUGGUCAACGCCUUCCGUGGCUAUCUCAAUGAAUUCGUGGUCCAGCAGAGAGUCGACGACAAGGAAAACAGAGCCAAAGGAGGUAAAAGGAGAAAGGAGCGAUGGAAGAAACCGACAGCCGACAAGAGCCAGCGGGGCCGAGAUCGGGAAACGAAACGGGCCAAGGGCCACGACGACGCGGCCCUGCGUCACAUGGGCCACGAGUUCACGACGCUCAACAGCGUCAUCACCAUCCCGACGGCCUGCGAAGUCUGCUCCUCCUUCACCUGGCUCAAGGAGAAGGGCCUGGUGUGUCAGAGCUGCAAGUUCACCUGUCACAAGAAAUGCUACACUCGAAUCACCACGGCCUGCACGGCCUCGUCGGCCGCACCUUCGGCGACGGGGCCCGGCUCGGUCGGCGGAGCUUCAUCCACGUCGGCCACCAUCAGCAUCGGCGGCCUGCCCAACCAAGCGACCGAGUCGUCUGGAAGUCUCUUUGGCGUCACCCUGGACAAGUUGGUGGGCCUUGGUGGCGGCGGCGCCGGAUCUCAGCAGCGCCUCCCGCCCAUCAUCGAGAGGCUCAUCUCGACCAUCGAGCUGGUCGGACUCUACACGGAGGGUCUCUACCGCAAGUCGGGCGUCUCCUCGCGCGUCCAGCAGCUCAAGAAACUGCUGGAGGAGGAAUCGUCGUCCAGCAAGGAAGGGGCGGCCAGUCUGGUCGACCUGCAGGAGCAGCCCAUCCACGUCCUGACGGCCGUCCUCAAGGCCUUUCUGCGCGAGCUGCCGCAGCCGCUGCUGACGUACGAGCGCUACGACGACUUUCUGCGGGCCGCCGACAUUGUCGACGCCAAGGAGCGCAUCUCCUCGCUGAUGGCCCUGGUCCAGGAACUGCCUCCGCACCACUUUGACCUCCUGGAGCGGCUCGUCUUUCAUUUGACUCGGGUGGCGCUCAACGAGAAGUCGAACCGGAUGGGUCCCAACGCCCUGUCAAUCGUCUUCGCCCCGUGCAUCCUGCGGACGUCCAAGAUCCAGCAGGCGCAGGACUCGCUCUCCAACGUCAGCAAGCAAACGUCGGUGGUGGAGACGAUCCUGACGGAGCAACUGCGCCGCGUUACGGAAACGCUGGCAGACAUUGACUCGCUCGACUCGGUCUGCCUGGCCUACGUCGCCCGCCUGGGCACGUUGCGCUCCUCGAAAAUGUUCCCUUCGACGACGGCCGUCGGCACCUGGGUCCUGCCCCAAUCGGACGCCUCGUCGACGACGGACAGUGCCGGCGGCCCAGCGGCCAAAAACCCGCACCACCGCAUCUUCCCGACCAUUUCGGCUCCGGCCUCUUCGUCGUCUUCGCUCUCGUCUCUCUCGGCCCGCGAUCAAGUCACCGAGGAGCGGAUGAUCCAGGAGCAUUUGGAUGAGCUCCGCGAAGAGAAGGCCGCCCUGGCCGCCACUCUGCCGUCGCUGGCCCGGGCCGCCAGCGACGACGACCUUCUCUCGACCGACGGCGACUUGGACGACCAGGACAGUCCCAUCGGCGGCAGCGUCGACGACCUGCCGGCCAGCAGUCAAUCGCGUUCCGAUUCGCGUCCAAGAGUCUUGCCAGUGUCCGGUUGUCUAGCCGUGUCCUCAUCCUCCUCAUCCUCAUCCUCUUGUACCGUCACCACCACCAACACCAGCGCCAGCAGCGCCAACAGCAGGGCUUUGCCCGCCACCAGGACGACGGUGGCCGUGGUGCCGAGCGAACCACCGCCGCCACUGCCACCUGCGGCGCCGACGGCCAAUCACCAAGACGGCGCCGACUCGUCGAUUGCCGCCAGACGGCGUUUCGAUGCCAACAAAGUCGUCAUCACGAUUGUCGGUGAGCGGGCAAAGGACGUGCCGCCGCCUCCUCCUCCUCCUCUUCAACAACAACAACAGCAACAACUGGCAAAGCAGCCGCUCACUCCCGACUGGGAAAAACGAUUGAGUGCUGGGCGGAGGGCCAUCGAGGAGCAGGCGAGGCUCAUGCAACUGCCGCAGACGAAACAUUCACUGAAUUCGACGACGACCACCGUCGUGCCCGUCGUGCCCGUCGUGCCCGGACAGCAGACGCUGAUGAUCGUCGACGGACGGCUGCCGCCCGUCCGCAAGAGCAAUUUACAGCGAUCGAAAAUCGUUCAGACGCUGUCCAUCCCAGCCGUCCCCGAGUCAUCAACUGGCGGCGGCGGCGGCGGCGGCUCUGCCGCCGAUCACGGCCAGCCGAAACGGAUCACGGCCCUCAAAGCACUUCAGCGGCUCAAGUCGACUCUUUCCAGCCCGGCCCUGGUCGACCCGGCGGCAGAAAAGACGACGACGGCGGUGGCGGCGGGAGAGUCGAUCCAGCGUCGUCACGAUCUACUCAACGGCGGCCAUCUAUUAUUGGCCAACGGUAAAAGCGGGGCCGUCAAGAAGAACCUUCGGCGUCGACUGUCUGGCGCCGACGACGGCCAUCGGCAGACUGACGGCAGCGUCAUGUCCAGUUACCAACCGCUGGAAGUCGAUCUCGACGAUGACGCCAUUAUGGUUUAGACUUUAGACGUUGCGUUUUCUAUUUUUCAUUCCCUUUAUUUCUCGUUUCUUUUCCUCAUUUCUCGUUUUAUUUUUUAAUUCAAACCAAAAAGAAAAAAAAACGGGAAAUUCAAAUUCAGACAAAAAUGGGAAGAAAAUGUGCAGUGAGUCGAGGCCAAAAGUUAACAAAACGAAACAUGACCGACUGUGUAUUACGCCGCGUGCAAUACUCUUUUUCUUUUUUUUUUUUCCUUACGUCUCUCUACGCCUUGCGCCUUGAUUAAUUAUCGUCUACUUAAUCGCCCGAAAAAACACGAUCGGAUAUUGCCGUUUCCUAAAUUCGCCGGGAAAUGAAAAAACCAAAAAUUUAAUUUUUUCUUCCUUUUUUUUUAGAGAGAGUUGGGCCCGCCUUGUCUACCGCCACGUUCCUAUUUUUUCUGUUAUGCGCUAAUUAUAAUUUUUUUUUAUUAUUAUUAAUUCAAGAAUUAUUAUUAAAAAAGAAAAAAGUAAUCUCAGAAAUCGCCUUCACUCUUUAAUUUUUGAGGGGGGACGCUCUCACAGCGCCUCUUAUUAUAUAAUAAUUAAUAUACAUAUGAAUUUAAAUAAGAUCUUUUUUUUUCCUGGCCUUUUUUUUCGUGUGUCUUGCUCAGUGCCAUGCUACUCGCUAUCACUCUCCUAUCCUCCGAUUGUUGUAUUAUUGUAUUAUUGCGUGUGAUGGAAGAGGGGGGGGGGACUGUCUUCCUGGAAACAAAAAACAAAAACAUAAAAAGGGGCGCCGCGUUCAAAUUGAGACGUCGCCGCUUGUCUUAUAUUUUGGUUGUUUUUGUGUGUGUGUUAUGUUCCCACUGGCCGUGUGUGUGUGUGAGUGCGUGGAUUUAGUUGAGGGGUUUCAAUCCAUCUUGUACCGGAGAAUUUUUGCUACUUAUUUGACAUUGAAGGGAAUUAGCCAACAGUCACCAUCACCAAACAAAUUAAAGAGAGAACAAGACAACGAGAUUCAAAUUAAAACAAAAAUAACUUAACACAACGAGAUUAAAUAAAAAACAAAACAAAAAAAACUGAACAAAAUAUGAUUUAAAUAAUUUUGAAAAAACUCAUUUAUAAAUAUGAUUAUUAUUAUCUACUCACACACACACGCAAUGUCGAAUGGAGAAAAAUGAAGCGAUUUGUUUGUUGCCUUGAAAUUGAUUUGCCUCCCGUGUCCCCUUUGUAAAUUUUUUUUUUGUGGUUAAUUGCGUUUAAUUAAAAAAGUGGGAGAGAAAAAAAAAUCAUGAAUUGUGUGUCGCAAAGAAGAAUCCUUCCCUCCUCCUUUACCACUUUUUGUUUGUUUUUUUCCCUCCGAUUCGAUGUCCUCUCUCUUUUUUCGAUCUGUUCAUUCAAAUUUAUCAUUUUACAACCGAGUGCCUUUCAAUAAUAAUUCAAAGACUAUA